GACGGGCGACAGGAAAACCAGCGUGUGGUUCGAAGAGCAGAAUGGGGAGGAACGCGAAGAAGAGCAAGGGAAGGGAGUCUAGGGAGAAGCAGGUUGAGCCGCGAGUUGAAAAAGUCGUGGAGCUGCCGUACAUGGCGACGGGUACCCUGGCCAGUUCGCCGAUGUGUCGCGACAUAAAGAUAGAGAAUUUUAGCGUACAGAUUUACGGUCGCCCGUUGGUGGUGGAUACGACGUUGGAACUGAACAAGGGUCGCCGAUACAGCUUGAUAGGCACGAAUGGGUCGGGAAAGUCUAUCAUGUUGAAGUGUUUGGGGAGUCGGUUGGUUCCGAUUCCUCCGCGAAUGGACGUUUACAUACUGGACAGGGAGGCGGAGGCGAACGAGUUGUCUGCGUUGGAGAGCAUCAUGGAGGGAAUAGACGGGAAGGUGGCGAUGCUCGAGGCGGAGGCGGAGAAGUUGGCGCUGAUUCAGGACGACGUGAAUGCCGAGGAGUGCCUCCAGGACAUAUACGAGCAGCUGGACGAGUUGGACCCGGAGUGUUCUCGGGUGCGAGCGACGAAAAUUUUGCACGGUCUUGGUUUUUCGACGAAGAUGCAGAACCAAAAAUGCAAGGAUUUUUCGGGUGGGUGGAGGAUGCGCAUAGCGUUGGCUAAGGCGUUGUUCAUGAAGCCGGAUUUGUUGCUGUUGGAUGAGCCUACGAAUCACUUGGACCUCGAGGCGUGCGUGUGGUUGGAGAGUUACUUGAAGAAGUACGAUCGGAUUUUGCUGUUGAUAUCUCACUCGCAGGAUUUUUUGAACGAGGUGUGUACGAACAUCAUUCAUCUGCACAAUGGGCGGUUGAUCCCGUACGGGGGGAAUUACGACCAGUAUGUGAGGACUCGCUCGAAUAAGGAGGAGAAUCAGAUGAAGCGAUACCAGUGGGAACAGGAGCAGAUCAGACACAUGAAGGAGUAUAUUGGCAGGUUCGGGUCUGGGAACGCUAAGAUGGCGUCGCAGGCUAAGAGUAAGGAGAAGGUGUUAGAAAAGAUGGAGAGCAAGGGGUUGACGGAAAAGGUUGUGGCCGACAAGGUUUUGUCGUUCCAUUUUCCGUGUGUUGGGAAGUUACCGCCUCCGGUGGUCUCGUUCAAUGACGUUGAGUUUGGAUACGAUGAAAGUAGGCCUUUGUACAGAAAGUUGGAUUUCGGGAUAGAUCUCGAUUCGAGAAUAGCGUUGGUGGGCGCCAACGGCGUGGGAAAGUCGACGUUGUUGAAGCUGAUCACCCGACAGGUCAUUCCGACGCGAGGCCAAAUUACCUGCCAUCAGAGUCUGCGAAUUGGCUACUACAACCAGCACCUGAACGACCAGUUGGACGGUAAUUUGUCGCCGCUGGAGUACAUGAUGAAGGAGUACGACGUGGAGCCCCAGACGCUGCGUAAGAUCAUCGGGCGUUUCGGCGUGACUGGACGCGAUCAAACCACGCCGAUUAAGAUUCUCUCUGACGGGAUCAAGUCUCGUGUAGUGUUCGCCUGGAUCGCGUUCAAGGAGCCCCACCUGUUGUUGUUGGACGAGCCUACGAACCACCUCGACAUGGAGAGCAUUGAUGCGCUGGCCAACGCCAUCAAUGGCUUUGAGGGCGGGAUGGUUCUUGUUUCCCACGACUUCCGGCUGAUCAGUCAGGUGGCGAGGGAGUUGUGGGUCUGCACGCCGGAGGGCAUCAAGCCGUUCGACGGCGGCAUUGAGCGGUACAAGAGGAUUCUCGUCGAGAAGAUCGAGAAUGAAUUGGAGGGAUAGGCAGGGCGGGUUUGCCACUCUGUUGGGAGCGCUGCGCUUUUCGGUUUUAAAAAAAAAAAUUUUUUUCGAGCGUUCGAGUCAGUUGCGAGACCGGUCGGCUCAGAAGGGGAGGGCGGACGCGCAGCUUGGCACCAAGAAGGGCACGCGUUUAAGCGAAAGAGGUACACAGGGGAAGAGAGUCCCGCCCCCAUGCGCUGCGCGUGUAUUUUUUGCAUGCGGGGUGUGUGUGCGUGACAGUUUUUUUUUUUUUUUUUAGGCUUGAUUCGUCUGUGUGUCUGAUUCGCGCAUUCGAACGUGCCCGAGCUUGGCCGCGCACGAAGGCGUGCUAGAUGGAAGCGACUGAGGGGGACACCAAGAGGCGGAAGCGCCGCGAGGGGGAGGCGCGGGCUGGGGAGAGCGCGGCAGGGGGGAGCAGCGGCGCCGACUCGGGGAUGAAGGUCAAGAAGAAGCUUGAUAUCGACGCGCUCAAGAAGAAGUUGGCCGAGGACAAGAUGAAGUUGGAACGGCUGAAGAUGAGCAGGGAGCAAGAGAAGCGAGCGAGGAUCCAGGUGACGCACAUGCCGCCCCUCACAUCCCUGGCGGAUUCGUACCAGGUUGAGAGGACCGUUCCCAGCAACGUGGUGAAUUUGAGGUACCAGCAGGAGGAGAUGAUGCGGAAGUUGAAGAAACUGAAGCGAGAGGAGCGACUUGUCGCCAAGAUGCAGCAGAGCCGCGCCGACGGCAAGCAGAGUGCCGGUCCCGACAAGCAAGCGCCUCAGGUUGAGCGCAAGAGAAAGGUUUUGUCCUUUUUGGAGCCCGAGGCAUUGGCGCGGAAGACGGAGGGACAAAUGGAGGAAAUUCUCCAAAUGAAGUUGGUCAGAGAAAAGCAACGGUCUAUGUUCGAAGAAAUUGGGCAGGGCCAUCGAGUAAGGCCCAAGCCGACUAAAAUUCCUGAUGUCGAAUGGUGGGAUUUGCCCUACAUUGUCACAGAGGAAGCAGGACAAGAAGAGUCGGGCGACAAGGGCGCCUCGUCUGCAACCGCGCAGCUUCUCGACACCUCGAAACUCAAGACCGAGUUAAUAACCAACGUCAUCGAACACCCCGAGCUGACCUAUCCUCAGGCCGAGCCGCCCCUCCCGCCCCCUCCGCCGAUCAUGCUGACCCGCGCCGAGCAAAAACGCAUUUGUAAGCAAAACCGCAAGAGAAUUCAAGAGGAGCGCAGAGAAGAGGUUCUCCUGGGUAUCCGACCCCCCCCAAAAGGGAAGAAUCCGCAUCGCAAACAUGAUGCGCGUUCUCGGGGAAGCCGUUCACGACCCCACCGCCGUGGAAAGGAAAGUCCGCGCGGAAAUGGCCGCUCGCGUGUCCCGACACGAGGCGCGCAACAACGAGCGCAAGCUGACUCCAGAACAACGAAAAGAAAAAGAAAAGGCAAAACUGGUCGAAGACACGUCCCUAAAAUCGAACGUCGCUGUCUUCAAAGUCCUGUCUCUUGCCAACCCGAGAAACCGCUUCAAAAUCGACAUCGAGGCCAACAAAAACCUGCUCACUGGGUGCGUCAUCUUGAGCGACUCGUUCGCGCUUGUCGUCGUAGAGGGCGGACCCAAGGCCGUCAAACGGUACAAAAAACUCAUGACCAAAAAAAUAAAAUGGACCGAAGAAAUUCCCCCGCCGAAAAACCCGCAACAACAGCAAGGACCGGAUGAGAAAGACGACAAGGGUUCCGAUCGCGUUCUGGGCGCCAAUAUCCCGCCUUCCGAAAACAAAUGCUGGCUCAUCUGGGAGGGUGAAGUCCUAAGAAGAGCAUUCAUCAACUUCCGGUUUGAAACCCUAUCGAACAAACCCAGAAAGUCGCUUGAAAAACUAGGAAUCGCCCACUACUGGGAUUUGGCCCUAAAUUAUCAAGCCAAAACCAUAUGAAAAAAUAAAAAUUCUUUUUCCUCCUCUUU